GGUGUCAGUGGCAGUGUCAGUGUCGCCUCGUCUCGUCUCGAAUCGAUUCGAAUCGCGUGUGUGUUCUCAAGUUAAAGACAAAGGCCAGAAGCAGAAGCAGCAGCAGAAUCAGAAGAAAUCGGAGCAGCAUGAAUGCCCAUCACAUAAUUGUGUUUAUGUUCGCCGCGAGUUUGGCACUCGCCCACGCCAGCUAUAGUUCCGGCAGUGAUUCUUCCAGCUCCGGAAAUGCCAUUAGCACCAGUAAAUGUGAUAAGAAUCCGUUGGCUGAGCUCACCUUUCAGUUGAGUGGCAGUAAUUUGCUCUGGCCCUGUGAUUCGACCAAGAACAUUUAUGUCCAGUCCGGUCGUUAUGUGCCACGCAAUGUGAUCGUGACACGAGCGCAGCUGCAGCGUGACUCGGCUUAUGUAGCCCUGCCACGUUACAAGCAGGGUGUACCCUUCACACUCGGCAAGGUGAAUCUGAAGAAGGGCGAGUGCUUGGCCAAAAUCGCUCCAUACCCAUGCUGGGCCAUACAAGAGGAGGGCAAUUGUCAGGCCCUUCAAUCAGUGGUGGAUGUGGCCGUCGAUCAGAACGGUCUGCUCUGGGCCUUGGACGUCGGCAUAGUUAACACUCUGGAGCAGCCGAUCCGACGCUGCGGUCCCAAAGUGGUCGCCAUCAACACCGCCAACGGCAAGGUGGUUAAGAGCAUCGACCUGAGCGAUCUGGUGACCUCCGACAGCCGUCUGCAGUUCAUCGUCGUGGACUACUCGAAAGAUAACAAGCCUUUUGUGUAUGUGGCCGAUGCUGGCGCCCGCAGCAUACUCGUUUACGACAUUACAGGCAACAAAUCGUAUCGCAUAGUGCUGCCGAAGGCGACAGCCCCCACCAACGAUGUCCUGUAUGUGGCGCUGACAGCCAAACAGGACGGCACUUCUACACUUUUCUUCAGCUACCUGAGCUCGCCUCGCCUCUAUUCGAUUAAGGGCGAGUAUUUGCGCGUGGGCCAGGGUGCUGGGUCCAUUAUAGAUGUGGGUCCCAAGCCGUAUGGCAAGCAGACAGUGUUGUUGGGCGCAGAUGGCGGCACUUCGCUGUUCUUCCGCUACAAGGGCGAGAACGACAUCUAUCUGUGGGACUCGGAGACAUGCUUCAAGGCCUCAAACUUGCAGGAGGUACAGCGUGGGGGCGACUGUCGCCUCUCCACGCAAGUUCUACCCGGACACAAGCGAUUCAUGUGGGCACUGGAGAGUAACUUCCAUGAUUUCAUAUCGGAUAGAACGGGCUGCAAUGGUGCCUCUAUAGUCUUACAUCCCGUGGUAAAGGAAUGCGAUGAUUAAUUCCAUAAUUGCUGCUCUUUAUUAGCUCUAAGUUGUUUUUGUUAUUGUACAAAAUUAAAUGUAAACUUUCAACAAAUUCGCAACUAAACUACAACUAAAUGCCAUGCUG